GAAGUUUUUCUAUCACUUUUUAAUUUAAAAAAAAAAAAAACAAUAUCCAGAUUUGUAAACAUUUGUAAAAAGCAAGAGCUUUCGUGAAGACGACUGAUCAGAACGAUCGUCAACUAGAAGCAAAACCAUUGUGAUACGUGACUAAUUCGCCAGUCUUGUUCACAAAAGUAACAACUUCUAAUUAUUGAUCAAUUAAUUAAUUGUAUAGUCGUAGUGUACAUUAGUUUUACUUUCUUCUUGAAGGCAAAGAGAGGAAGAGAGAGAGACACUCGUCCGAGUGAUAUACAUAUAUAAUAUGAUAAGGUUAUUGAAAUAAAAACUGUGAAAAUAGCACAACUACUUUUUAAUUUUUAAACAUGCAGUUAUUAGAGAAUGGAGAAGAACGGCUUAUUGCUCUGUCGAUCGAUACUGUUAUACAAAAAAAAAAAUUACAAAAAAUCCCGCUGGAUGCAAUGCCUAUAGUGUAACGUCGUCUAUUAAUUAUUAUCGUUGCUUACUACGAUUAUUGUUAUGUAUAUUGUGUUUGUUGUUUAGUCUCUUGUAUAUUUGUAACUGCUCACAUUACAUCGAUUAGUAGCAGUCUCUGAUGCGAAUCAUCAUCUACAUAUAUACAAAAAAGAGGGUGCUCAAAUCCACCUCGUGAGUUGCGCCCCCUGUCCUCACAAAUUGAAACUUGUCCUGGGUGAAAAGCACUAGCGAAGAUAUGAUAUAGAAAUCUAUGCGACUGUGUACUCGUGUGGGCUAUGCUUUAGACUGAUAAAGUCUCAAAAUCGAAGCCUGGAACGAGAAUGUAGAUUCUUUUUUGGUAAUUUAGUCCUAAACUACUUUUUUUUAUAAAUUAUGGUGUUCCCGUGUUCGAUUUAUGACUACAGCAAAAAUAUUUAAGGAUUUGAAAGGCUUUUUGAUUAUGGACUCAAAUCGACCCCAUCAUAAUUUUAAGAACCAAAGGAUUGUUAUAAUUUGUACACAUCACCCCACAGUCCAAUUGGCAAAUGUUACCCCUGCGUCUAUUUUAUCUUGAUCAAGGAAUAAAUGAAAUGUGUAUUUUGCGCUCUUACAGUGAUUUUGAGAACUAAAAAAACAUACUAGAGGAAUUUUUCCUUUAUCCAGGGCUUGCUCAUAUAUUAAAAAUGACGCUCCUUGCGAACCGGAUCGGUUGGUAUAGGUUUAAUUUUAGGAGGUCUGGGGGCCAUUUUGAGUAUCCUUCUUUAUUAAAGUACUUUUGUUUCGAAAUCUUAAAGCAAAUCGUUUAUUUAAUAGAAUAUCUGAUGCCUUUUUUGUUUAUAAUGUGCAAUUUAUUAAAGUACGAUUAGAUAGCGCAUACGGUUAUCACUGAAAGGUAAUAUUAACGUGGAGACAUCUUUAUCCAGUAUUUACAUAAAAAAAUGGGAUCGCGGGAAUGUAACAGCGUUAAUUGCGUACCAAAUUUUUGAAUAUCCACACACACGGUUACUUCCUCCUUCUGGUUAUUUUUAUGUAUUUAUUGUCAUACGCUUCUUUUUUGUUUUUCCUUUCCACACCUCGCAUCAGAACUUAAUUCAAUCACCCCGUAAGUUGUGUUGUCGCAUUACUAUUUUUAUCACUAAAUUUCUGUCAUCCUACAAACAAAACCCAAUAAAGAGAACUCUUAAGGCGAAUUGUAAAUAAGUAUCAUAUAUGUAUGUAUUGAUGAUAUGGUGUCCAUAGUCCAUAAUAAUUUAUCAUGUAAUAUGUGCGCUAGCAUUAUUUCUUCAAUAGUUAAGCUUUUUUUCGGUGAAGUCGGAACCCUUUAUUAGAGGUUCUUGCUUAUCCGAACCAAAUACUAUUACCUACCCAAAAUCAUUGUAGCAUAAGAAGACCAGUAGAUACACUGUGUAGGCCUCGAUUCUGGGUCAGAAACCUGUUAUGGAUUUUGCCAUUCGGAAUCAUACACCAGGCUCUUGCAUACUAAUUUUGAGAUUAAAAUCCUCUCUUAAAUUAGCACGUAACUGCCUGAUGACUGUUAUCGAAAUUUAAAAUCAAGUUCAGUAGAUUUUUGUCCAGAAUGUGGUCUAAUAAUGUACCUCUACUAUGACAUGAUAGUAUUUCAUUCAGUUUGUAAGUUAAUUGCCGAAGAUGGAAAAUAAAAACGAUAAAAAUGACGGCACGUACUUCUAACCGAAUUAAAUGUUUGGGGAAGUACAUGCAUGUUAGGAAAUUUGAUUGAAACAGCGUAGAAAAUUUUGUUGUAAGAUGGGAACUAUAGCUAUUAAUGAUGAAUAAAAGAUUUGUACAUUCCAGUUUCGAAUUUUUGUUUUCAUUAUUUUGUAAGAUUUGUCUGCUUUACUCAUAUCAUGAUUCGUUUGUUCACACAUCGUUAUCGACAGGUAAAAAUGCAAGACUACUUUUCGAAAUUAUUUGUUGCUUUUAUUAUUCCAACCUAACAUAAAAUAGCUUUUAAUUUAGAUUACUGGAUAUUUGUUCAUGUAAAAGUAGCAGUUCUUAAAUAUACUUUGUUUGUUGUUGAUGUUUUUAUGUUUACUGCUUAUUCAUAAACGAUUUAUAUUGCUUUAUAAGUGAUUUAUUAAUCAUUUUCGAAGUGAUAAAUAAAAUAAAAUAGGCUGGUGCCCAAUAAAUAAACAGGUAUGUGAAGCCUUUCGUUUUUUUUUAAUUAGUUUCAACCAAUAGAAACCAUUAAACAGUAUUAAAAAAUGUAUACCACUCCACCAAAGGUGAUGAACUAAUUGGGAUGUACUUUAAAUGGCCCUUUUAAAAAGUUUUGUCUGCGUCUAGUGAUAAAAUACUUUGAAGCCUAUCAAAAUACUCCCUUAUUCCUGAAAUUUCGUCUGCAUUCUUUAAUAAAUUGCAGGAGUACUUAGCAUCAGGUGGCUGCCGCAAAUACAUUGCGAUGCGGCAUAAGUAGAAACUCACUCUGCCGCGUAUACAAUUUUACAGUUACUUGCCCUUCUCAAUGGCACUUUAAAGGACUUUAAUAACUAUAUUUUAUAUUAAGUCCUACCUAUCCUUUUAUUUAUAUAGAUUUUCGUUAUUGAAUGGAAUUUAUUAGCGUUUUAUUAUCUGCGACACACUUCAAGAUGAUUAUAGCCAUAAAACGAUUAAAAUCUUUAAUUAAUUACGUAUUAUUGAAGGAAAACAAUAGGAGUGCUGAUUAUUUUGAAAUUUUGCAAAAUUAAAGAUUAAUGUUAGCAGAUGAAUAAAAAAAAUUGUUAAUUGAGUCAUAUAUGUCAUAUGCUCUACUUCACUAGAUUAGAACACAUAAAAUAAUAAAGUAUGAGUAAAUAUGAGCAUACGUAAAUGCAAAUGUUUGAUUUGAGUAUUGUUUUUGAUAAUAAUUUGAUAAGAUAAAAUCAUAAUAAAAUGUGAUAAAUGUCAAAUACUGUCGCUUCGCACCUGCACGGGUUCAAAGUCUGAGCGUAGCAGAAAAAAAGUAAUAGUUUAGGCAACACAUUCUACUCACUCAACUUAUACAAUGUGUUUUUCCUUAUCAGUUAAUUUUUUGUGUUUUUUAUGAAUUACAGGUAACGCAUUGUAAUUUUUAUGUAAGUUUGGUACGUGUUUUUGGUAAAGAACAUUUUUUUUAUCAAGAAGAAAGAUUUGUACUUCGUGAUAUUCUACGUUCGCUUACUGUUUUUUUUUUUAAAUUUAUUCAAGGUUGUUUAAAGCCAUUGUCAAACCGAUUAUUUAAAGUCAUCUGUAUCCACUUAAUUAAAUGUGCAUAUAUAAUUGUUCGAUGUUGGAAAAGGUCGAUAGAUGAUUCCAUGCGCAACAACGUGAAAAUCUCCCAAGGUUUUCCAUUACUCCUUUACCCGCACGAUCCUGUUCAUGUCCUGUUUGCGAAAAAUGCGUAUAAAAUGCAGACUCAUCGCAUUGUUUUGAUACCAAGUUGUAUUACAAUUAUUGUAUUGUUACAAUCAGUGUGUACGUAUGGGGAAAUAUAUUAAUUAUAAAAUAUAAAUUUACUGUAUAAUCAAUUGUUAUUUUAUCGGAAUGACCUGUUACUCUCAUGCCUAGUUUAUUUUUUAACAUCAGGAAAUGCCGAAACUGAAGAUUAAUUAAGGUCUAAAGUAUGAGAGUGGAGUGAAUAAUAUGAACGUAUUAUCAGUAUUACUACAAUUAUUAUUAUAAUAGAAUAAACUGGUACAAUAGCAAUUUUAAAGCAAUUGGUAUCGGAGCAAUGAGAACGGUAGUAAUUUAAAUCCAACAAUUGAACGGACUUGCAAUGUGGGGUACUUGAAUACUAGCGGGAGGACGUUAUAAAAGUAAAGUGUGAUAAGAGAGAGUUAGUUAUAAUUGUUGUUAUUCUUCGUUCACAUUAUGUACGAUAUGUACAUAUAAACAUAUUUACUUGGAAACGUUACGAACCAUUAACUGCGUUUCAUGUUAUUUACACUGUAAACGUAGAAGAAGUAACAACAUCGUUUGUAUGUUUUACACUCGAUUGUCAGAGGUGCUAUCUAGUAUAUGUUAUAAGGUAUGGAAAAGUUUCCUCAUAUACCAAUCGAAAUACACGAGAACGACCUAAAUAAUGGAGCCUUACGUAUAUUGAAAGUUAUUAGACCACGUUGGCAGCCGAAAAUGAUUGAAUUUAAGCUUUUAACAGACGGUAUCACCAACAAAUUGGUAAAAUGCAGGCUGGAAGGGGAAAAGGAGGAGAACUCAGUCCUGGUUAGAGUUUAUGGUCACAAAACUGACCUCUUAAUUGAUAGAAAGGCUGAAACAAGGUAUGAGAGUUUAGUUUUGCCAAAAGAGCAGUUGCGGAAAGAAAUAGAGUAUCUUAAAGAAAACCUAACUCAAAUCAAUAGUCCUGUUGUUUUUUGCCACAAUGAUCUUCUUUUAGGAAAUGUGAUAUGUACAGAUGACGAAAGUUCGGUUGUUUUCAUCGAUUACGAAUACGCCGCGUACAACUAUCAGGCAUUUGAUAUUGGUAACCAUUUUAACGAAUUUGUAGGCAUCGAACCAGAUACAAUUGAUUACUCAAAAUAUCCUUCUAAAGAGUUACAAUACGACUGGUUAAAAACGUAUUUGUUGGAAUUCAAAAAUACUGACAGCGUUAAAGACGAAGAUAUUUAUAAAUUGUAUAUACAAGUUAACAAAUUCUCCCUUACCAGCCACUUGUUUUGGGGCAUUUGGGCUUUGAUCCAAGCGGAACAUUCUUAUAUCGAUUUCGAUUUUAUAAAAUAUGGUGCUAUAAGAAUUAACGAAUAUUUAGCUAAGAAAGAGGAUUUUUUGAACUUGGAUGGGAAUGAAACAUCCAGCUGAUGCGUCGUUAUUUUUGUUAUUAGUAUUUUGUUUGUUAUACACAUAAAUUUGUUUAUACAAAAAAUUAAAU